AUUUUUUUUUUAAAAAAGGAAAAAACAUAUGGUGUGUUUAUCUAUGACAUGCCCAUGAAGAAUCUCAAAUCUCAAUCAGAUAAGCUCUUUAUUUAUUUAUUUAUUUUUCUAUAUCUAUUUUCCCGGUUUCUUUUUAUAUAAAAAUCGAAUUACAAAUCUCUCGUUUGACUCAGGUAGGACGCCCCUACACCUGUGUAUUUUAGUAUUAUUAUUAUUAUAAAAUUCCAUUCAACUCUCUCUCUCUCUCUCUCUCUAUAUCUCUCGAUCAAGCAAAAUCUCGAUGCAACAAGAACCUUCCUUGAACUAAAAGCCCUUUGAUUUCCAAAAAAAACUCUGGGUCUAUUAGUUUUUUUGGUUUUCUUGAUCUGGGUAUAAUCGAAAAUUUGUUGUUUUUUUUUUGGGUGGUGAGUGGGGAUGAGGAAGAGGGAGAGGGAGAAUCCGUGUGGGGUAUGUGGGCACUAUCACAAGUACGAGGAAGGAGAAGUUUGUGGGGUAUGCGGUCACAGAGCUCCCGUUUCUUCGGAUAAAGCAUCGCUUCAAGUCAGUGCUUUUCCAUCGGUGAUCUUGCCUGACUUCCUCUAUUUGGGUAGCUAUGAUAACGCCUCUCGCUCUGAGCUUCUCAAGACCCAGGGAAUUACUCGUGUCCUUAAUACUGUACCUGCUUGUCAAAAUCUCUACAAGAAUUCAUUUACCUAUCAUUGCCUGCAAGAUGGCAAAAAUUUACAAUUUGAUGAUGCAAUACAAUUUUUAGAGCAAUGUGAGAGGGAUAAGGCUCCAGUCCUUGUGCACUGCAUGUCAGGAAAAAAUAGGUCACCAGCAAUUGUAAUAGCUUACUUGAUGAAGUCUAGAGGAUGGAGGCUUCCACAGAGCUAUCAGUGGGUGAAAGAACGGAGAUCAUCUGUUGAGUUAAGUCAAGCUGUGUACCAGCAACUGCAGGAAUAUGAGCAAAAGAUCUUUGGAUCAUCUGAUAGUAGCAAUCCUCCUCUGCCUACCUUUCCACCUGCUGGAGCCCCAUCCUUCAACUUUGGCUUCUUAAAGGCAAAUGAUCCAGUUCCUGUUCCUAUUCCUGCUUUCAAUAAUAUUGGUGCUACUUCUAUUUUUGCCCGUACGCCUUUAGAAGUUCCUCCGCAUGAGUUCACAUUUGGUGCCGGUCAGACCCAGAAAAGCGUGUCUGAAAGCCUAGCAAAUCCUAGUUGCACCGAUAUUCCAAUGGAUAGCACUUAGAUCCCUGAAGUUUCUUUUGCAAGAACAACCAUUUCGCCAAUGAGACCGACGACUUUUAAUGAGGAUAUUUAUGAAAUUUGGCUGUAAAUUGUGAGUAAAAAUGUUAGAAGUUUUUCUGGUUUGUUAGAUAUGAAGAGUUGGUACAUUCGCUCUUGGUACAUUCAUUCUGGGUGCCUUGAAUGUGAAUGAAUAUAUUUAUUUUUGGACCA